AAGCCUCCUCUGAACUGGACUGUAAGGUUUCACUCCUGGAGGAGUUUUUUCCACACUGGCUCACCAAGUGGCCCUGACUCGUUUGAGGACUUGGGCCAGUGUACCGUGUCGCAGGCCAAGCGCUUAUUAUGAAUUGAGCAAUGGUCCAUUGUUUGCCUCUGAAUGAGGGCUCUCUGCCCUAAUCUGGCAUUAGACUGCAGAUCUGCUCAAAGUCUCUUACACGCAACAAAUAUGCUCACAUUCCUCAGUACGGAUGAACACUCCUGCCUGUUUACCUCACAAACCGAAGCACUAAACAGUGCUGAAUCAGCAGAUUCAGAGAAAGAAAAUGUGAAUUCAUUCAUUUGUAGUUUCUACAAAUGAAUCGUGUGCAGCCUUCUGGAUUGCCACCGGGACGUAGAACCUGAUCACAGAGGAAAAAUAAACAGCUUUAUUUACAGAGCCAACGUUUCAAGUUAUAAAACAAUAUUCCAAGCCUGGACUCAAUUUAAUCAGGCGCUCAUGUAAGAGUGGUAAUAAAAAACAACAUUUGUUGAGAGGAAAACCAUAAACACUCUCAUUAGCAGUUUGUAAUAAGCCAUAUAGAUCGAGGAACCAUGUGGAAGGAAGCUCUUUGGUCAAUGAGGCUUACCACAAAAACUUCUUAUGUAAAAAACUCGAGUUGUUUUUAAAUCUCUGUGUUUCCAUUAAGCCUCCUGUGCUUAUUGUUUGUAGAAAACUGUGCAGCUUUUCAAGCAUCUAGCAGUCGCACUGAUGGACAUCCGUAACCGUGAUCCGCCUGUUUAGUCUUUUCAUCAAUCCAGAGGCAGAAAUUCACACCCUCCACUACUAAUCCUUCAGACAUGAAUACCUCCUGCAACGGUAUGUCGACUGAGYGAGUUAAAAACGAUCCGUUAACGCCGGCAGCAACCUCCGGGCGUGUGCAUGCGAUGUGACCAUUUUAUUUUCAACCGCAGAGGCUCAUAACAGCGAGCGCUUUGUGGAGCCCGGGGUCAGGGGUGGCAUUGAGAAGGGCGACAGACAGAAAGGCAGGAAGUAAGAGGAGUAGGAGCUUUGAAGCAUGCAAGGAAACCUCCUAUGAGGCUGAUUGUGGAAGCAAUCAGCUGCUGGGCCUCCAAGUGUAAAGCAGCAGGCUUGGAUGUGAACGAAACGGAGCAGCAACUUCACAUUGAGCUAGUGUGACAUCUAGUGGCUAAAAGGCAGAAUAAAGAGGCUACACUGACUUACCUUUAAGAGCCUCACGCCUGGUGUAUCAGUAUCGGAUGUUUGUCUUUCUAAGUUUUUAUGGUUCUCGACUUGCACUUGAUGACAUAAACUAUAAGUAUCCCAGGUGCUGUAUGUUUAAAAAAGCCCCACAUGUUCCUGCCACAACCUUUCAGUUUCCCUCUGUGUCACCUUACAGCUGGAAAAAUAGCAGAAUGCUUAGACAGUUUGAUUUGUUUUCUGUUUUUUUGCUAAACUGUUUUAAAAAAAGAAGGGGAAGUGGCAUUGAAGCAGGGGAAGCUGAUUAGCAUUUCUGUAACGACGCAGUCAUCCAAAGUAAACAUUUACUCUGCUGUAUGCACACAUGACACAGGGAGUGAGGCUGCUUUGACACCUGUUGAAGAGAGCUUGAAGACUACAGGAGGAAGAAAAUAAAAACGCUCAGCCUGGGCAGCGAGCAGCCUGCCUUUGCUCAUUCUUAACUGCACGUGCAAUCGAAUCUGUGUCAGCCUUUGCUAUUUGGUCGGUUGCUAGGCUGUCGGUGACGUACCAAACGGCAGAAAAGCACCACGCCAGACGUUGAAGGGCAAAGCUUCCCCUUCCCCUCAUGAUCUCUCGCCUCCGAAACCAAGAGUCAGCCCUGCGCCUGCUAGCAGCAGAUGCCACCUCUUCGUGCAGGCAAACCACAUCAGUACGGGGGAUUUGCUGACUUCACCAGCCAACGGACAAGUCUCUUUGUCUUGUGCAAAAAAAAGUGCACAAGAAAGAGGAAGGAGAGGAAGGGUGUGUGCGCGUGUGUGUUUGCUCCUGUGCAGCCAGAGGAGGAGUGUGUGUUGAUGAAGCAGUUGGAGCAUGCGGUUGCCAGCACAUGUCUCUGGUUCUGGACUCUUCCUUCAGCGUCCGAUGAUGAGUUCAGGAGAAGACGCGGCGACACAAGCGGUAAUGCUGACUAACAACAUGAACUGACAAGCCCGCCCUAGGUGGUGUUAUUUUUUUUGAAUAAGAGAACAAAAACAUAAUGACUGUAAAUGAAACUGGAGCGACAGAGGGGUUCUCAAACACCCCAUCCUGCAACCAUGACUUGUCCAGCUGGGAGCACACAAUGGAGAAGAUGUACACCUACUUCUACCUGCUGCUCUUCGUCCCUGGCCUCUUCCUCAACACCACCGCUCUCUGGGUCCUCUGCAAACACUUCAGUAAGAAGACCAAAGCGGUGAUAUUCAUGAUAAACCUGGCUUUGGCAGACCUGGUCCACGUCCUCUCUCUGCCCCUGCGGAUCUAUUAUUACUUCACACACUCCUGGCCCUUCGGAAAAGGCAUCUGCUUGCUCUGCUUUUACCUCAAAUACCUAAACAUGUACGCCGCGAUUGUGUUCCUGGUGUGCAUCAGCGUGCAGCGAUACGGCUUCCUCCUCAAGCCGUUCACCGCCCGCCGCUGGAGGCGUCGCUACGACCUGCUCAUCAGCGUGGUGGUGUGGGUGUUUGUCGCUGCUGCUUGCUCACCUUUCAUUCUGAUGCGGAGCAGCGGAAGCGGCAACGCCAUGUUCAACUCCACCGAGAGCAUCGCCCCGCGCCCCUCCACCCCCGCCACGCUGUUGAGCACGACAACGUGCAGUUCGAACGCCAGCGCCCCGUCCAGCAACGGGAGCUGCUUCAAGGACCUGCCCAUGCGGAAGAUCUCCGUCCCGCUGGCUGUGAGCAUGAUCAGCAUGUGCGAGCUGUUUGGAUUCCUGAUCCCUUUCGUCUGCAUCAGCUACUGCUCCAUCCGCAUAGCCUGGUCCCUCAAUCACAGCCAGCCGCAGGACUGGCAGGACUCCGCCGCUCCGGGCUCCUCGAUGCGCAGCAGACUCCAGUCCUUCACUUCCAAUGGCCACGCGGACAAAAGCCACGAAAAGCCCACUAACAGCAGCGAGAAGCGGCGCGCCCUGCGGAUGGUGCUGAGCUGCUCGGCUCUUUUCCUCCUCUGCUUCGCCCCGUACCACAUCAACUUCAUGCUCUACUUGAUGGUCUCGCAGAGGUUUAUCGCACACUGCGCCACCACGCUGGCCGUCAAACAGUUUCACCCCAUCUCCCUCUGCUUGGCGAGCAUGAGCUGCUGCCUGAACCCACUGCUGUAUUACUUCCUGAACGCCGAAUUCAGGAAGCACCUCAGGCGCACCUCGUCCUUCUCCAACUCGUUCCUGUCCUCGCCGAGCUCCCCGAGAGAUUGUCAGACUCAAGCCAAGCUGCUGAGGAUGGAGAGCACCUGUUCCGAGAGGGAUUAGCAUCCCAGAGAGGAGAACCCACAGAGCCUUGCAAAAGAAUUCACACUGCCUCUUGAACUCUUUCACAUUUUUUGUUUUGGUCACAGACUUAAUUGUCUAUUUCUGUGUUUUUCUUUUUGAGAAAAAAACGAGUGCGUAAUUGUAAAGUGGAACCAUCUGUGGACAUCGGUUUUUAAGUCAGAUAUUCUCAAUUGAAUUGGUUUUUCCACUUUGAUUGGGUCAUUCACAUAAACAAGGUUUAAUCUAAUCCAAUCUGCUGCUGUCUUAAGUUUUCUCAGUCCUCUUAAAGGGACGGUGUUAUGUAAAAUUUACUUUUUGAAGGUUUAUGUGAUGGUWUAAUGUUAUUCCCUUAUCAAAAAUACACCUGGAGAGAGUCGCCUUGAUUCUUUUAUUCAUGUUUGAGAAAUCCUUUAAUCUGCCAUGGCAACCAUUCGCAGUUACCAAAACAUUUGUUCUCAUCGAGUGCCAUCUUCAGACUAGUGACAGCAGCAAUUAGCAAACCCUUGUGAAGGUUAUUAUAUGAACAACCUCUCAGUCCAGCAGCUGAAGGACGUUGUUAACGGCUUAACAUAGAAACUUUGUUGUGAUGACAUGAUGAAGGAAGAGUGUUAAAAAGAGUAGGACUUUCUUAAAGAGACAGAGGCCCAAUCUCAAAGUGUUAAAUUGCAAAGUCAAUUAUUUUUAAGUCAUGUGUGAUAUAUGCACAAUUUUCAUAACAACUGAAUGUAAUAUAGUUAUUUGACUGUCUAUGAAAAGUCACUAUGUGCCUGGAAAACAUAAUACUGCCCCUUUAACAGGUUGGUGCCGUCCAUCUUUCCAUCCUCCAAUUGGCUUUCUAGUUUCUGAUGAGUGAAUGUCUUCCCACAGCAUGGUGCUGCCUCUCCCAUGUCUCACCAAGGGAAUGGUUUGUUCAGGUCAAUGUGCAGCUUUAGCUUUCCAACACAAAUUAUGCUUGCCAGAAAGUUACAUUUUGUUUUUUUUUUCCUGACUGAACCACAUGUUUACUGUGUCCCGUCCUCAACCCUGCUCAACAUGGCCCACUGUCCUGCUUGCCCGUAUUUCUCCACUGUCACAACCCAGAGGGGCAUCUGAACCUAUCAAGACAGUGGGUCAUGCAUCCUACAGUAGGGGACCAUCGGCCUUCAUGGCUUGUGGCAAAAAGUAAAAUAAACUUCCUACGCUGUUCAUAAUCUGAGUAACAUC